GUGAUCUCAGAUCUGAUUGGUCCGAUUCCUUUUUUCUUUUUAUUUUUGGAGAUUUUUGUUGUUGUGCAAGUUCGGACACGAGACCCAGAAAGCUUCAAUCUCAGGUCUCGAAAAUGUUGACUCACGACAGAGAUGAAGAACUCUCUCUGUUCCUGGAGAUGCGUCGUCGCGAGAAAGAACACAAAGCAGAUUCUCUUUUAACAGGAUCUGAUAAUGUUAGUAUCAACGGAGCGUUGACGGCUGCGGCGGCGGCUCUCGCUGGUGUCUCCGAAACGGCGUCAUCUCAACGUUAUCCUCUCCGGAGAACCGCCGCCGAGAACUUCCUUUAUUCGGAGAAUGAGAAGUCCGAUUACGAUUGGCUGCUAACGCCGCCAGGCACGCCACAGUACGAGAAAGAGUCACAUAGAAGUGUAAUGAAUCAGCACGAUGCUCCCAAUUCUCGACCAACGGUUCUUAAAUCUCGGCUAGGGAACUGUCGUGAAGAGAUCGUCUCAGGGAACAAUAAUAAGCCCCAAACGAGUUCUUCCUCUGUAGCUGGACUCAGAAGACCAUCUUCUUCAGGUAGCUCAAGGUCAGCGAGCAGACCUUCCACACCAACCAGAAGGUCUACAACUCCAACCACCUCCACAACAAGGCCCGUGACCACCAGAGCUUCAAACUCUAGAUCCUCAACACCCACCUCACGUGCCACCUUAACUGCUGCACGAGCUACUACAUCCACAGCAGCUCCACGUACCACUACUACGUCAAGCGGUUCAGCGAGAUCAGCUACUCCAACUCGGUCUAAUACUCGACCGUCUUCUGCACCUUCUAAAAAACCAGUUUCAAGACCAGCCACACCGACCCGCAGGCCUUCAACCCCGACUGGUCCAUCAAUAGUUUCGAGUAAGGCUCCGUCCCGAGGGACUUCUCCUUCUCCUACUGUGAAGUCGUGGAAAGCGCCAGAGAUGCCUGGUUUCUCUUUAGAAGCUCCACCAAAUCUGAGGACGACUUUACCAGACAGACCGGUCUCAGCUUCAAGAGGUAGACCUGGAGUAGCCUCAGCACCAGGUUCAAGAUCAGGUUCCAUAGAACGCGGAGGUGGCCCCACCAGUGGCAGCAUCGGAAAUGCAAGAAGGCAAUCUUGUUCGCCGUCCAGAGGUCGGGCUCCUAUCGGAAACACCAACGGGAGUCUCACUGGUGUGCGUGGGCGAGCAAAGGCAAGCAACGGAGGAAGUAGCUGCGAUAGCUUGAGCCCAGUGGCUAUGGGUAAUAAAAUGGUUGAGAGAGUGGUGAACAUGAGGAAACUAGGUCCACCGCGGCUAACUGAGAGCGGGGGUCGAGGAUCAGGGAAAUCUAGCUCAGCUUUUAACAGCCUUGGAUAUGGUAGAAACCUCUCCAAAAGCUCAAUCGACAUGGCCUUAAGACAUAUGGAUAUAAGACGAGGGAUGACGGGAAAUCUCCGGCCGCUUGUGACAAAAGUUCCGGCAUCAUCAAUGUAUAGUGUGAGAAGUCGGCCGGGUAGUGUCUCAAGCUCUCCGGUGGCCACGAGCAGCACUGUGAGUUCAUCUGAACCGAGUAUUGACAACAUCAACAUUCUGUGCUUAGACGGGAACGAAGCCGAAAAUGAUGAUCUUCUUAGCGAGAGAAGCUAUGCUGCUUCUCCGCGAAACCAGUUCCCCAAGUUCACAUCUUGACCCAUAUUAUUAUGUAUCCUGUGUUCUUGUUUUUUGUUCUCACACUUCGAAGCAACUUGUUUCUAAGUGAUCAUCCGUAUAAUAUAUGAAACUCAGGUAU